AUCGGUGUGCUCUUUCCAGCAGCUCUACUCCUCUCACGUCCCGCAGGCAGCAUCAUCCUCUCUGCUCCUCCCCUUCUCCUCGUCUCUCUUCCUCCUCUGCCUCUUCUCUGUGUAAACUACUGGAUUUAGCGAUUGAUCCCUGUUGAAGGGCCAUUUUGAUAUUAUGGGAAAGAGUAGGGGGGUUAGUUACAAAAAGGCCCAUGGUGAACCGAAGCGAAGGCGCGAUGCCUCCGACGACGAAGAAGACAAGGAGUACCUCUUUGGAGCAGAAGAUGAGGAUGUUGAGGAGGAGGGCUUCAGCGAAUCCCUCGAUGCGGAUGCCACCGAGGAGGAGUUCGAGUUCGGCGAAUCCACCUGCGGCUCCGAAGAGGAGCGGGAGAUCGAUUACGAUGAUGAGGAGGAAGACCAGGAUGAGGCGGUGGCCGUGGAGGAGGAGGUAGAGUCACCGAGAUCGAUGCCGUGGAACGGUAGGGCGCAGAGAUCCGGGGCUUUGGUUGAUGACGAGGAGGAAGAGACUAAGGAUUGGUUCAGAUCUUGCCGGCGGAACCUUGUGGCCUUGGAUUACGCCGAGGAGGAAGAGGACGAUGAUGACCAUGAUGAGGAUUUUCUUCCAGAUGAUGGCGGUGAUGACAGUCACGAUGAAGAGGAGGUUUCCUUGGCCUCUGGAAAGAAAGGAGAUCUCAAACGGCGUACAAAGAAACGGAAAUCGAGGGUUUUUAAGCAAAAGAGAUCAGAAAAGAGAAUACGGAGAAGAAAAUCGGACGAUGACGAUGAUGAUUCUGAUUUCCCAUAUUCUAAAGAGGGUCUUCUCGUUAAGAAUCGAAUUGCAUUUCAUAAAGAACGGAAUAAGCUCAAGAAUGUAAAGAGGAGGAAGAGAUCGUUGGUUAUAUCAGAGUCAUCAUCGGAUUCUGAUUACAUGAUCUUUGAGUUGGACGAUCUGGUUGUUGGAGGAGCCAUUAAUCCGCCAAAGCCAAUAAACACUACCGAGGAUGAAGAGAAAGGUAAAGAGAAAGAAGGUGAUGAGUUGCAGAAGCAGAUUUGUGGGAUCUGCUUAGCAGAAGAGCGGACGAGGACAAUUCAAGGAGAACUGGAUUGCUGCGCACAUUUUUUCUGCUUCAAAUGCAUAAUGGAGUGGUCGAAAGUGGAGUCAAGAUGUCCAGUUUGCAAGAGGAGGUUUUCAACUAUCACCAAGUCCUCUAGGUCUGAUCCUGGGUUUGGCAUGAGGAAGGUUGUAAGCAUCCAAGUGCGCAAUCAGGUUUAUCAACCUUCAGAAGAAGAAAUUAGGCAAAUGCUGGAUCCAUAUGGGAGUGUUGUGUGCACAGAAUGCCAACAAGAUGGAGAUGAUGGUCUUAUGUUACUCUGUGAUAUUUGUGAUUCUUGUGCACAUACAUAUUGUGUUGGUCUUGGGAGGGAAGUACCGGAAGGCAGUUGGUAUUGUGAUUGUUGUAGGUCCGCAACUAAUGGAUCAUCAACUUCACAAAACCAAGGUACUGUGACUGAUGAAAGAGCACGCAAUGGUGAAUGUUUAGGUCUUGGCACUGAAACAGAAGUUGCUGAACAUAUUCAUGCCACUUCAUAUUUUCAACAAUCCAUAUCACUGCCACCUCUAGUUGCUGUACAAAGAAUUGAUCUGAAUGCCCCUCCUACAUUAGAGGAUGAUCAUGGAGCAACAUUGCAGGAUGCUGGUGGUGUAGCAUCGACUCUUUCUGGAAGACGUGCAAUACAUCAUCGCAUAUGCAUUUUGUUAUCUAACAGUAGACGAAGGCCGAUGUUUACUCCAAUUGGUUUGCUAACUGACAAAGUGGAAUCUGAUGUUAUGACCCAAAAAACUGAAGAAAGUGGGCAUCAUUUACAUAGUGCUGGGUGACCAAAUUUCUUGCACACUGAGAUAAGCCUUUGUGUUAGCAUCCUACAACAUUUAUCCUUUCCAUGUAUGGCGACUGAAAUAAGCCGUUGUUGUGGAACUGACCACUAACAGUAUUCCUUGUACUUCAAUUUGCCAAAGGGAAGGGCAGAUGACAUCAGAUUUAGGUGAUGAAUUUGAUCUUACUUGCACUGUGUCGGUUAUAUGAGAUACUCUCUACAUUUAUCUCUAUGCAAACACAAGAUGGGCAUUUUCUGGUUAGCUUCCAGUGUGAUGUACUAUUUCCUUUUCUAUAAUAUGCAAAACCAACCUUGUAAACAGAAAAGUAGUUAAGAUUCUUCUUUUUAUGUCACUUCUUGUCAGAUUUCUGCUAUUAUAUAUGGAUACAAUUGAUUCAAAUGGCAGACGGAAGAUGACAAGUCGCGAUUGAAGUGUAGUACACUAUUUUUUGCAUCAGUUGUUUAUCCUUUUUUCGGUUCUUGGUUUAGUACAA